AUGCGCACCGCAGGCCGGCGCCAUGUUGGGGCGGUUUGAAAGAGAGCGCGGGCGUCGAGCUCCGCUGUGACUGCGGAGGAAGCUGCGAGUGAGCCGAGCCUGAGGCGGAGCGGUGUCCGGGUUGGGGAUGCUUUGUGGUGUCUCGCGUUGGGUAACAGGCCUGAGCUUUCGGCGGAGAGCUGUGGAAGUGUGCGGUUUUUGUUUUUGUUUUCCUUUAUUUUUAUUUUGGGGCCUUAGGGGUGAGUUAGGCCGGAAAGGAGGGUGUCUUUUCGAGGGUUGUGACAGCCGAGAAAAGGCGAAAGGAGAGUGGCGAGGAAAGAGGAGGAGACGUCUCCUGAGGGAGGGCGCUUGUGGAGUCUCUGUGGAAGGAAGAAUACUGUAGGGGGAGUGCCCCCUGGGCGAGGGAGGGUCGCGGGACGCGGCGGAGGGGGCUGACACGGGCGUCUGGGGACCUGAGGCGGCGACAGGAAGGGGCUUGCGCUUUGGGGCUGUCGCUUCCGAACACUUCUCCUUCAGUCCAUUGCUGCGCUCGCCCUGGCUGCUGAAUAAAUGGUUUCGGAGUGAAUAGCAUCUCAUUGAAGAACUUGUCUGUGUCUGUGACUGACGGGCGGUGGAACACCAAAGGGAGGGUGUCGCCUGAUUGGGACUGGAAAAAUUGGAAUUCAGGGCGCCCGGGGUAGGGGAACGAUGCGCACUGCUGGAGACGGGCGACCUUCGCUGGCCGGUCGAUGGGUUCCUGGUUUUCUGCUGCCGAGUAAACAAACGUUCCCUUUCCUAACUUAGCAGUCACAGAGCUGUUUCCAAGAGUUGUUGUUAAUUUCCUGUGCGAUAUUCCCAUUGGCUAUUUAACACUGAACGUUCUGUUUUUGAAUCAAAGUUAGUUAAAAUUUCUUGUCAAUAAGUUUAACAUUCUGUUCUUCCGCGUGAUGGAUUUUCUUUUGGAGAUUCGAACUGAAGCCUGUACGGAGGAAAUGUUGUUUUUAAGGGAAAUGAAUAGAAACAAUCCACUUUGAAGAAGCCAUGGCGAAAUCAAAGACAAAACAUAGACUUUGUUCUCAGGAAUCUUCAGUAUCUGCGCUGCUGGCAAGCUGCACCCUGAGUGGUAGUAAUUCCUCUAAUUCUGAUGGCUCGUUUCACUAUAAAGAUAAGCUGUACAGAUCUGCUUCUCAAGCUCUACAGGCUUAUAUUGAUGAUUUUGAUCUAAGCCAAAUAUAUCCUGGUGCAAGCACUGGAACAAUUAACAUUGAUGAGGAUUUUACUAAUAUGUCACAGUUCUGCAACUAUAUUUACAAACCAAACAAUGCUUUUGAAAACCUUGAUCACAAAAAGCACUCAAACUUCACAUCCUGUAGAAGACACACCGUUAAUGACAUAGACUCCAUGAGCCUAACAACUGAUGAUCUAUUAAGACUCCCAGCAGAUGGAUCAUUUUCUUAUACUUAUGUUGGACCGAGUCACCGAACGAGCAAGAAAAACAAGAAAUGCCAUGGAAGACUGGGUUCAUUGGACAUUGAGAAGAAUCCACAUUUUCAAGGACCCUACACUCCCGUGGGCAAGGAUAACUUUGUUACUCCUGUUAUACGCUCAAAUAUAAAUGGAAAGCAAUGUGGUGACAAAAUUGAAUUGCUUAUCUUGAAGGCCAAGAGAAAUCUAGAGCAGUGUACUGAAGAAUUACCAAAGUCCAUGAAAAAGGAUGACAGUCCUUGCUCAUUAGAUAAACUUGAAGCAGAAAGAUCAUGGGAAAAUAUUCCUGUUACUUUCAAAUCUCCUGUUCCCGUUAACUCUGAUGAUAGUCCUCAACAAACUUCAAGGGCAAAGAGUGCUAAAGGGGUUCUUGAAGACUUUCUAAAUAAUGAUAAUCAGAGCUGUACUCUCUCUGGAGGCAAACAUCAUGGUCCUGUUGAAGCCCUGAAACAAAUGUUAUUUAACCUUCAAGCAGUACAAGAACGUUUUAAUCAAAAUAAGACCACAGAUCCAAAAGAAGAGAUUAAACAAGUUUCAGAAGAUGAUUUCUCUAAAUUACAGUUGAAGGAAAGUAUGAUUCCUAUUACUAGGUCACUUCAGAAGGCUUUGCACCAUUUAUCUCGCCUGAGAGACCUGGUUGAUGAUACGAAUGGAGAACGGUCACCGAAAAUGUGAAGAAGAAAAUGCAAUUGUCACCACAAUAAAUAGUCACCACAGAACAAAUUGGCAUUUUUUCUAUUACUUAAACUGACAAAGUAAAUAUAAGCCAUACAUUAUUUUGUGGUUUGUUCAAGGAUUAUAUAUUUCUAAAACACUAAACUUGAAAAUACCCAUAGGUUUUGGGACCUAUCUUUAUUUUGUGCCAACAUACUAGAAUGUGAACUGCAAGGACCCACAGUGUAUCCUGAAGUCUUACUUUCGCCUUCUGGCCAGCAAAUGUCUAAUAUUUAAAGAUGGAUGACUUCUGUUCUUGAAGCUUACCUGGAUUUAACCUUCUUCAGCAUCCUCAGCAUUUUAUUACCUGGUUCAGGAUCAUUAAGAAACUUACUGGUUUUUAUCCAAAAUCUUUUACGUUAAAUAGACUUUUUUAAAGAUAUAGUUAGCAUCACUUUUAAACAGCUUAAAGGAAUAUCAAAAUUGUUAUUGUGUAUCUCAUCUAUAGGGAAGUCUGUUACUUUGAAAUUUUCAUAAAUUUAAUAUUUAAGAUACAUCGUAUUUGAAAAUUGCAUUAAUAGUGGGGUGAUACUGUGUUAAAAGGAACAUUGUGUUGUGACAUUCAAGAGAACCUCCUCAUUUAAUUAGUACUUUGAUUCUGUGUAACAUAAUCUUGGUAGUGCUUGACAGUUUCCAAACCUUUUUUUGGAGAGAGAUUUAAGAAUUUAAUAUUUUGAUAUUAGAUUGUUUCCCAGAUUUUAAUUUUGGGGUUAGCUCAAACUAGUGAAAACUAUGACUAAAUGGCCAAUUGCUUUAUCAAAUUUGAUAACUAAAACUUAAAAUGAAUAUGGAAAAUCAGAAAGCAACUCUAUUUUAGAGCUAUUUUGUAAGAGUUGUGCUUUCUUUAACACGAUCUGUAGUCUUAAGUUUGUCUCUAGCUAGAACUGAACAAAGCUCUAUAAUUUUUACCAAGCACUUAUUAAUACUUCUUAUAAGUAGUAAGCAUCUUUACUAACACAACUGAGAAUUAAGUCAUAAAACAUAACUAAUACAGCACAUUACUGCCUGAUGAAAUUAAAGAGUACUGUGUAUAUGUAUAACUACUACAGGUUAACACUUCACCCAAAUGAUAGCGUUUUUCCUCAGUAGAUUUAUUGUCAAAUAGGAAUUUCUAAGCACAUUGAGUCAAAGCAUUUUUUCCAAGUUAAUAAAGUGUUAUUUACUAUCUUUGUUAGAGGUGACAUGUCAAACACUACAGUGAGCUCUGUGGGUUUUUUUUUUUUUUUUUUUUUUUUUUUGCCUGUGAGUUUUUUACUAUGCUGCUCUGACCAGUUUGAGUGGCAAUUACCAAUAGAUUUGUUUUCUUUAUUCUGUGAUGUUUUUACCACUGACACUGUUUUCAGAUUAUAGUCUGCUUCAUAGAAAAUAGCCUGCAUAAUCAAACAAGGAGUUACUUUGAAAUUAAAGUAUGCCUGGCUAUUAAAAAUGCAGAUUUUAGGUGGGUAAACAUCAGGUAGGUCUGGGUGGGUCAUGUUCUAGGCCUAGAAAAAUACACUAUUAGACAAGUUCUAAAGAAGGCAAGGAGAUAAAGGCAUCAGGUGGUAACUUCUAAUUGAAUAUUAUAUGCUGAUCAUACAUAAUAUAUACUAUGCCUGGAAAUUAUGACUGAAAAGCACCUAUUCGGUUAGUGCUCCUAUUCAUGAGAACAUAUCUCCAAUACUAAAUGAGAUAAGCCUGUUCUAAAAUCUUACAGCCAGUAUUUUAAGAAACUUGAUUAUACUUACCAAAGGAACAUUGUUUGUUUUCUCUUGUUUUAAAUAUGGAGAGGUUUAAUCCUUUACAUAACAAAGGAAUUAAUUUUAGCAAAAUGAUUCAUUCCAACCUUCUUAUAAGAAAUAUCUAGGAGAGUCAAGUAAGAAAAAUAACGAAUCUAAGUGAUAAACAUUCAAUAAAUUCUCUAAAUAAGAGAUUUAUUUACAAUUUUAAUAUCUCAGGGUUCUUUUUAGGUUUCCAGGGGAAAAGAGCAGGAUAACAGUGUGGAGACUGCUAAGUUGAGAAUUUAAAACAAAGGAGAACAUAAGAUUUUUAAAAUUGCAUUGUGAAUGUAAAAUUUUUAUCAAUCCUUUGCUCUCUUUUAGACCUAUUGAGAAAAUGUUAAAUAGAAAAAAUUAAGAAAUUUUAAUAAGAUGUUUCAGAUCUUUGAGUAUGAAAAACAUAACAAAAAAGCCUAAUUUCAAAAAACUAUUUGAGAUCAAGGGACAAUGGUGUGACCAAUAUGAAGGGUCAAGACUGAAAUGUAUUGUCUUUACUAUCAAGAACUCUCCUUUCAGUUGUUUCUCGGACAGUUAAUUUCAGCUUCAUAGAGAUUUCUGAGCAAAUUAAGAAACACUAUUUUCCUGGGUUUGUUUUGGGUAUAUGUCAUUAUAGUUAUGUUAUUUCUUGUUGAAAUUUAUAAUGUGGGUUUUUUGUAUUGUUUUAGUAUUUAAUGGUGUAUAAUGUGUUAUUACAUUAUAUGUAGUUAUACCAAAAUAUUGCCUGAAGAUAAAUCAUGACAAGGUCCCCUGUUUAUUCCUGUGUUACAGACACGUGGAAUUGCUCCUGUAGAUUUGAAUUUUUGUUUCAUUUUUUUCUGUCCCACCCUUCACUCUCUCUGUUUCAGAACAUUUUUGGUAGAAGUGUUAUCCAGAAGUGAACUUGUCAAAAGGCAAGUAGCAUGAAAGAAGACAAAAGAAGCAAAAGGCUAAUACAGUGGAUAAUUUCUGAGCACUUGAAGUUUCUUCAAAUGUGCAAGACUGUGUGUCUUCCUAUUAGAUGUAUAAAUUGGAUAUUUCAUGCCUAAUUAAAUGUUGCGUUGGAUUGCA